UAGGUUGAACAGCUGAACCGCCGUCAAAGGCAUUCUGGAUCCCAAAACAUCAGCAUGUAUUCCUCCUUCCCAACAGCAAAUCAAUUCCACCUUAACCCAUAAAGGAACAGCGUGCAGGAAAUGCCCCCGCCACUGAGCAGCCGGCAAGGAGCUGUCUAACGAGACCAAUCAGGGACCGGCUUUCAUGGCAACUUUUAAGGAGUCUCUGGCGAGCGUGUGAAGUUUUCCCUGGCAGGAAAUAGGCUUGUGAGGAAGAUUUGCUGGUACCUUUGUGCGGGCUGCAGGCAGGAUACAGAGCAGGGGAAGGACAUGCGCUCUGAGCCUUCUCACUCCCACAGGCAGGAAAGCUACAGGAAAGAACGAGCUGCUGCUGUUGCAGCGAUUGCAGCUGCCUGAAGCCACUGGCUCCGCUCUGUUCCCGCACUCUGUACCCGCACUGGACAGACAAACUAGGCACAGGGCUCGGGAACAACCGGGAGGGAAGAUGGCGACGCUGGGAAGCGAAUGUCAGGCUUUAUGUGCCCUCCCAACCCAGCAGCAAUACAGCGCUGCCAGCGGGGUCACCAACUUCAGCCUCAAACUGCCGGUCAACCGGGGACUGGAACGAGCCCUGGAGGAGGCUGCCAGCUCGGGGCUCCUGAAUGUCAGUGCCAGGAAACUGAAGGAAUUUCCCCGAACUUCUGGCAGCACUGAUCUGGCGGACACGGUGCGGGCAGAUUUUUCAAAAAACAGGCUGACUGAAGUUCCUGUGGAAGUGUGUCAGUUUGUGUCACUGGAAGCACUGAAUUUGUACCAUAACUGUAUCAAAAUGAUUCCCCAUGCUUUUGUAAAUCUGCAGAUGUUGACAUAUUUAAACAUUGGUCGGAAUCAGCUUUCCUCUCUGCCGGCCUGCGUAUGUGGUCUUCCUCUUAAAGUUCUUAUUGCAAAUAAUAAUAAGCUUGGUUCUCUGCCAGAGGAAAUAGAUCAGCUGCAGCACCUAAUGGAAUUGGAUGUCAGCUGCAAUGAAAUCACAUGUUUGCCACAGCGAAUCGGUCUCCUGAAAUCUCUUAGAGACCUGAAUGUACGAAGAAAUCAUUUAAAGGCCCUACCUCAAGAAAUUGUUGAUCUUCCAUUGGUGAAAUUGGAUUUUUCAUGCAAUAAAGUGCUGGUUCUACCGCUUUGUUUUAGAAAAAUGGUGCAAUUACAAGUAUUAAUACUUGAGAACAACCCACUCCAGUCUCCUCCUGCACAGAUUUGUAUCAAGGGCAAAGUACACAUAUUUAAAUAUUUAAGCAUGCAAUCGUGUCAGCUGGAAAAAACUGGGGAUGGAUUUUAUCUUCAUUCUAUAGAAAGACCACAUCUUCCACAACAUGUGGAAGAAAGCAUUGAAGACAUCUUCCCAACAAAAAAGGAUUCAGACUCGGGUGUUGGCAGUGAUAGCGGUGAGAAGCGUUUAUCUACAAUAGAGCCUUGUGAAGAAGAUUCUACAAGCCCGAGUGUGCCAAUGUCCGAUAUCUUGGAAGAGGAAAACCUUUUGAAAGAAGAAAUUGUUGAACAACAGUUGAACAACUCACUGCAAGUUGAAUCCCCGCAGAAUUGUCUCUUGGGUUCAUUUGACAAAUCAUACCAGAAUGAAGCAGAGACCCUCAAAAUGGAAUAUCUACACUAUGAGGAGAGAAGGUCGGAAUUUGAUGAACCUUUGCAAAUUCAGGAGGAAUCGCCUUGGUUAAUACAAAACACUAGAAAUGCUUCAGAAAAACAGGAGCUCAAUGUAACAAUGAUAAACCCACUGAGAGAAGCAGUUGUUCUGUUGCAAGAUCCAACAAGGUUAAGUUUGGAAAUUGAAGACCCCAUAAAUGUUUACCCUUUACAGCGUGUUCCAGAAGCUGCUUUGAACAAUACAUCAGUGAAUGGACAAGUAGAACUGCAGAUGUCUCCAAUCUUACAGAAUGACAUCAUCAUCGAAACACCUGCAUCACAAAAUUCCCCUCAAGAGACUGAAAAUAGCACUCCAACUUUAUCACCCGUACAUAGCACAAUAGCCUUUGGCCUUAAACCUCGAUCUGACCCGUCCCUCACUCUUCCUCCUAUCUCCUUCAACAAACUUACACAGGCACAAAAUUGGGACAGCAAUAACAUGGAUAUCUCAGCAGAAGGAGGCAUUGACAAUGUAUUCAUCAGACCACAGAGGAAUCUGGAAUCAGUAGAUCCUCAGUUUACAAUACGAAGAAAAAUGGAACAAAUGCGAGAAGAGAAAGACCUGAUAGAUCACUUGCGGGAGAAUAUUGAAGUCAGAUUAAAGAUGGGCCUGCCUAAUGACGUAGGACCUGCUCUAAUGGAUGGGGUUGUUCUAUGUCAUUUAGCUAAUCAAAUCCGACCUCGGUCAGUGGGGAGUAUCCAUGUGCCUUCACCAGCUGUGCCAAAACUUAGCAUGGCCAAAUGCAGAAGAAAUGUUGAAAACUUCUUAGACGCUUGUAGAAAAAUGGGAGUACCUGAGGAAAAACUGUGUCUGCCGCAUCAUAUCUUAGAAGAAAAGGGUUUGGUAAAAGUGAGUGUCACGGUCCAAGCACUUAUAGAUGUAACCACGACCAAACAGGCUUUAUUUCUAUGAAACAAAUUGAUGCUGUUGGACGAGACUGUAGCACUGGGCUCCUUAUGGGAGACGGCCAGCAAUCAGCUCCUGUCUUAAGACUCUGCACAACAGACAGGCUGCCACCAAACUCAGCUCCCCAAUGGAUCAGCCAGACAGCAUUCAGCCUUCCCCAAGUACUGAACAUUCUGCACAAAACAACCGCCUCUUCCCUUCCCUGGGGUAACUGCCAGCCUGAAUGGGAAAAAGACAAUGGAUCUGUUUCUUCGUCUCUCAGAAAACCAGUAUUGCAAACAAAACAUGAGGGUUGCAGAAUCCCACAGCCACAGUGUGUAACACACACACUUUUAGUACUUGCCUAUGUGUUAAUAUAUAAAUAUAUAUAUAUAUAUAUAUAUAUAUAUAUAUAUAUAUAUAUAUACACGCCAUAUCAGGGUCUUAUAGAUGAUGUGCUUGGAUGCAGCACAGUAUUUUCACAGGCUUACACCCUGCCUGAUGUAUCACUAGCAGUACAAAGCAAAUGAAGAAGAACCAAGAAAGUGCUAGUUCCAUGGCACACACAUUGCUGGUGGGUGGUGGGCUCUUUAACCUAUUGCUGUUUAGCUGUUCAUAAUACUAAACUUCCACUAUAGCUACUCUUGGGGAUAGCAAGAGUUACAGUUCAGCAGCAGCUGGAGAGCCUCAUUGUCCUAAGCGCAAGGUAUUUAAAUUCUCUAUCUUAAGUUGCAUACGUUUUUUUGUUUUUUUUUGCAAACGUCAUCUUGGUCCAUAACCUGUGGCUGUUCCUGAGUUCUAACGGCUACCUUGAUUCAGCUGCCAUUGGUCCCUGGGGUGCUGUCUGGGGGUUGUAAGUGACCAGCUGGUGGGGGUGCAGGUUGGUUCUGACCAAUAUAUAAACGCACAGCUUUUUUGCACAUUAGUACUAACAGAAUGGUUACUCUUGGGGUUUUUGUGGGGUCAACUAAACUGGCUCCAAACACUAGUGAAGUAAACAUAAGUAACAGGGACAGCCAUACUGUAUGUAAUGUGUUUAAGGCACUUGAUAGCAUUUGUUUGAUUUGUAGAAGGUGUGAUCAAG